AUGAAGACGUCUUCCUUUGCUCAGCUGCUCUCCCUCGCAUCGGUGGCCACCGCCGCUAUGCCCAAGUGCGCUAUUGACUGCUUCCAAGAUGUCAUUUACGCGCACCCUCCCAUGGGCUGCAAGGAGUCCACCAUGUAUCUGUGCUUCUGCAAGAUGCCGUCUCUGCAGUGGUACUUUGUCGAGUGCGGCAAAGAAAAGUGUGAGGACUCUGAGGGUGCCAUCAGCUUCGGCCUGAACCUCUGCGACGAGCUUGGUUACCCCAUCGAGACCGACAAGCUCACUAAGCCCCCCAUCACCAGCGAGGGAACCAUCACCGAUGCGCGACCCACCGUGACCGGGGAGGACGACUCCAAGCCCACCACCAACGACGCCGCCGAGACCACCACCGCCGAAGAGUCUACUGCCGAGACCACCGAGGCUGCCAGCACCACCGUCGCUUCCACUGGAGCCACAACUGCUGCCGCCUCCAAGACGGAGAGCUCGGCCGAGGAGGCCGAAGAGACUGAGACCUCUGCUGAGGAGUCUACUGCCGAGUCCGCUGCUGCUGAAUCAAGCGCUGCCGAAUCUACCGCUGCUGAUGCUACCACCGAUGCCUCUGCCGACGCUGCUACUUCUACACCCACGACCGAGCCCAACGGCGCCAACUCCGUCUCUGCCUCGGGCCUGCUCGUCGCCGUUGGCGUUGUCGCUGCUGCCUUUGGACUUUUCUAA